GCCCCCCUGGAGAAUGAGGAAGGAUAGAACCCUGCAGGUUGGAGGAUAGGUUGAACUCCCAUUGGAACCACGCAGUCCGAGUCAAGGGACUCAACACACCAGACUUCUCCACCCUAGGGAUACAGUAGGGAUACAAUACAGGUAUGUUUGGACUACAAGAGCAAGUAUCCCAAGUGCGGGGACCUGUACUAAAAGAAGAACCUCUGGUAAACCAUGGACUAACCAGAAGCUGGAUGCAACCAGCCAUACCAGACCACGGGGGUGUCCCCGGGGUUGGUCGAGCACAUUUUGAGAAGCAGCCUCCAGCAAACCUCAGGAAAUCAAACUUUUUCCAUUUUGUUGUCGCUCUUUAUGACAGGAACAGAGAUUAUUUCAACAAGAAGACAACAAUCUCUGCGGCUAGAUCUGGUCAGCCUAUAGAAGUUGAAAGAACAGCAUUUGUAGCAUUUAUAGAAAAAGAUCAGGAAGUGGAUGGUUUAAGAUCAAGCAACGGUAUACAAUACAGACUUCAACUUCUUUAUUCAAAUGGAGUUCGUCAGGAGCAGGAUAUAUUUGUUCGACUUAUCGAUUCCGUUACAAAACAGGCUGUGUGCUAUGAAGGAAGCAUACAUAAUAAAAAUCCUGAAAUGCAACGAGUUCUUCUCACACAUGAAAUCAUCUGCAGCCGAUGCUGUGAGAAAAAAUCUUGUGGGAAUAGAAACGAGACACCCUCGGACCCUGUUAUUAUUGACAGAUUUUUCCUGAAAUUUUUCCUGAAAUGUAAUCAAAACUGUCUCAAAAACGCCGGAAAUCCCAGGGAUAUGAGAAGAUUUCAGGUUGUAUUGUCGCCCAUUGCCAGCGUAGAGGGUAGUUUGUUAGCUAUUUCUGAUAAUAUGUUUGUGCACAAUAACUCUAAGCACGGUAGACGAGCUAAAAGAUUAGAUCCGACAGACGGAAAAUAUUACAAUUCCCUGUAUCCCGGCCUUUAUCCUCCCUCGGCAUCAAUACCAUGCAUCAAGGCAAUAUCUCCAAGUGAAGGAUGUAACUUCUUCGACGGCUUGCAGGUUGUAUUUGGAACUAUGUUAGUUUGGAGUGAAAUGAUUACUAGUCAUGCCAUCAGAGUUCAAACUCCUCCAAGGCAUAUUCCUGGUGUGGUUGAGGUUACACUGUCCUAUAAAUCUAAAAUGUUCUGUAAAGGGGCUCCUGGUAGAUUCAUCUAUGUGUCAUUGACUGAACCAACUAUAGACUACGGAUUUCAACGACUGGGAAAGCUAGUUCCCAGACAUCCUGGAGAUCCAGAGAAACUUCCAAAAGAAAUAGUUCUUAAGAGAGCAGCAGACCUUGCAGAAGCGCUUUACAGUAUGCCCCGAAAUAAUCAGCUGAGCCUGGCUUCACCAAGAUCUCCGCCAAUUCCACAGAAUAUGCCGGGAUUCAACUCUUAUUCAGGGCAAUUAGCUGGCAGUGUUCAAGACACACCUAACUCUCAAUGGACUCCAGAAGAAGAUGUUUCUGGAGGUUAUCCUCGCUCCAUGAGUUCAGGUUCAACUCUAGACUACCUUGGAUCUUCCAGCUAUACAUACAAUCAUUCAGCUUCCUUUCUCCCUCCUUCAUCUAGAAUGGCAGGGCUGGUUCCUUUUGGAUCAAUGGGUCACUUCUCUCUACCCUCUUCUUGUACAUAAACAGAAUACGUCAAUAUACUAUAUAGUAUUUGUACAUGGAUAUUGUAAACUAAAUUGGCAAAUUGUACAAAUGCAUGU